AUGGACGUUAUCAGUACUGUAAGCUGGCUCCCUCGCAAAUAUUGCGAUUCUGAUUUCUUCAAAAAUUACAUCCACAAAGAUGAUCCGGAGCCAGAAAUGGAUGUUGAUGAAUCCGAUAAGGAAGAGGAAGUAGGGGAAGUCCCUGGAGAUGAGUUCGACCUAGAACAUUACGACGACGACGACCUCGUUCCAAACGAGCAAAUGUUUACAAUGAGUUCGAAGGACGAGAAGUACAUUGAGGAGGACGAGGAGGACGUGAAGGCAAGGAAGCUGGAGGAGUCAGACAGGGUCAUAAUAGCAGGUGUUAACUACGAACACCUCUCGGCGCUGGUGGUCUACAUCUACGAUGUCGACACGUGUGGGCUGGAGCCGAACCACACCAUUGAACUGGCAAGCUUUCCACUGUGCUCGGAGGUGGUUGGAGAAGUUGAAACGAUGCCACUGCUAGCAGUUGGAACAUUCGAGCCUGAGAUAAACUUGUGGAACAUAAGUGAAAUAAACCUGCUGAACCCGUUCGUAUCACUGGGGGGAGACAUAGAGGAUAAAACGGCAGUUUUAUCGAUAUCGCACUCAAAAAACACAAAGAACCUGCUUGCAGGAGGUUACUCAGAUAACGUAGUGAGGGUUUGGGACCUAAAGCAAACAUCGGUGGCACAAACACUGAAUCAUCACACAAACAAGGUUCAAGUUGUAUCAUGGAAUCCCAAGGACCCUUACUUGAUGUUCACAGGGGGAUUUGACAAGGUGGUUACACUGGUAGACCUUAGACAGAGUAAACCAGCGGUAAGUGGACAGUUCCAUAAUAUUUUUAUUCAGUCAACAUAUAAAAUGGAGGCAGAUAUCGAAUGUGCAAUUUGGUCCUCGGACCAAAACACAAUUAUUGGUCUGGAGACAGGAGAAGUGUUUGAAUAUGAUUGGUCAGCAGGAAAAAAAAGAUGGAAAAUGAAGGCACAUAAAAAAAACUGUACAAGCAUAUCCAAAGUUAAAGGUGGGUCCCGUAACAGGAUCACAGCAAUCACACAAGCGAGAGCGUGA